CAGCUCCAAGCCGACCGCUUCGCCAGCGCGGGCUACGUGGUCGUCAUGCCGGACCUGUUCGCAGGCGACGCGGCGCCCAACAGCCGUGCCGCCGCCACCGCCGUCGCGGGAUCCAACCCCGCCUCCUCCGCGUUCUCCUCCGGCUCGUCCCUGCUCGACACCUUCAAGACCAAGGCCGCCGAGGCCGCCAAGAGCUUCCUCAUCGACAUGUGGCUGGCGCGCCACACCGAGGCCAAGGUGCUGCCCAUCCUGGAGCGCGUGCUGGACGCGUGCGCCGACGAGUUCGCUGACGCGGUCGCGCACGGCGGCGGCGUGUAUGCAGUCGGGUACUGCUUCGGCGCGCGGUACGUGCUGCUGCUGGCGGCGGAGCGGCCGGCGCAGGGCAGGAGAGGUGGUGCAGCCGGCGGCUCUGCCGGCGCGGACGAGGAGGCGAAUCGGCCGGCGACGGUCGGGCCGCGGAUCAAGGCCGGCGCGCUGGCGCAUGCGACGCUCGUGUCGAAGGACGAUUUCAUCGGGCUCAAGGCGCCGCUGAGCGUCGUCUGUGUGGAGGACGACCCGCUGUUUCCGGACGAGGUCAGGAUCGCCGGCGAGGAGUACAUGACCCACAACGGGGUCGAGCAUGAGGUGCAGGUGUACCCUGGGGUGCCACAUGGUGAGUAGUCCGGUUGCCGUAGCACGGGCGAGAAGAUAG